AGGAGGGAGAGUCAGAGAGGAGGGAGAAAAGGAGGGAGAGGCGGGGUUUAAGAGGCAAUACCCAGACUCCGAACGUGUGGACAGUCAUUCGGGCUUCAGCCAGCGAAACAGCGAUGGCGCGGUGCGAGGCAAUCAUGAUAGGUUUGACCGUGAUGGCCGCAUUCCUGGCCGUGACUCUGGGAAGAGGCCCAGGCACCGAGGACUGGCGGUACCCGAAGAACAUUACGGACCCCCGCGUUACCUGCCAGGAGGAGGGGACCUUCCGUCACCCGCGGAACUGCUCCUGGUAUUACAGGUGCGCGCCCAUCAUGGUUCCCGGCUACUUCAGAAUCUUCUUCUUCGAAUGUGAACCUGGCACGACGUUUGAUGACCAUCUGGACCAGUGCGUCUUUCCACACCUGACAGAACCUUGCAGCGACGAGCCUUUUGAGCCACCCGUAGGACCUCCAACGCAGAUACUCCCAACACAACCAACCCCAACACGACCACCCCCAACACAACGACCCCCAACACGACGACCCCCAACACAGCCACCCCCAACACAGCCACCCCCAACACGGCCACCCCCAACACAACCACCACCAACGCAGCCACCACCAACGCAGCCACCACCAACGCAGCCACCACCGACACAACCACCAACUCCAGUACCUACAGAUGGCACAGGCAUCGAUGACAGCUUCCCCUUCCCUUGCACGUUCAAUGAGACCAUCUGCCCGCCCAAGGAGUACUGCACGCCGGAGCCAGUGACGCUGAGCCUGUGCACUGGUUGCUUCAUCAACACCGCCUUCAUCCCCGCGGCGGCCCUGUGUGGCGGCACCGACAUGGCGUACGACAAGGACCGGAAAGUUUGCGUGAAUAUCCCGGCAGAAUGCCCUGAGCCCACGGAGCCCCCCACCCCUCCUCCUGGCGGCGUGCCUCUCAACAACUCCAACACCUUCACGUGCUCCGUCGAUAAGACAGUGCCAGACGACGACUGGAUCAAGGGCAACUUCUGUUAUAACUACGCCUACUGUGACGAGGAGAACAGAUUUAUUGCCUUAAGGCUUCUAUGCAAGAAAUACUUCCAGUGCCGGAGAACAGAGCAGAACACGUGGACGUAUACAGAAGAGAACUGCAAAGGUUUGGGAGAUGACUACUACUACAGCUUUCAAGACGGUUGUGUAUUUUUGGAUGAUGAUGAAUUAUGUUCUUAAGAGAGUUCAGCUGAGCGAAGGAUCAAUUAACUUGGAGCCAAGGAUGCCGCGUUGAGAUUCCUGCUGUGACAAGGACCGGGUGCUGCGGAAAGACACCCCUCCCAUGUGCAGCAUCUAGACCACACCUACCAUAUCCCCUACCACGUUGUUAUGAAAGGAAGACCACCCCGCUCUCCGCCUCUUUUUCCUGGUCUCCGUGCUUUCAAGAGUCUUCCUGCUGUUUACUAGGUUGACCAUACAUUCACGCACACACACACGCAUUCAUAUGCAAGAAAGCUUUUCCUUCUACCUUCAUUAGUUUGUCUUGCUUGUGUUCUCGCCUUUGUUGUUGUUUGUUACUCGCCGUCCUGUUAGUAAUUUAUCUUAGUUUUCUUGUUGUGGAAGCUUCUGUUGGUGUUUUUGUGUCUGUGUUCGUCUCCUGCUGUUAUUGUUUUUUGUCUCUCUAAUCAUUGGGUUUGAUUAAGUUUUGUCAUUAAGACUUAGGGACUUUUUUGUGUGCCAUGACUUUAAAAUGGUGUGACAACCAACGGUAAGGAAUAAAAAUGUUUGUAUAAA